UUUCACGCGACCUAUGCGUAAGAAAGCCUCAAUAUUAUUUAAUAUCUGUGCAAGUUAAAGGCCGCUGUGAUUGUUUUAAACCCGCGUGUGAAGCUCAGUGUUAGAGAGGACUCCAGUGUGAUAACACGUAUUGUAUAGAUACAUGUUAGUGAGUGUUUUGACAAAAUGAAUUACUCGCUGGAAGAGACCCCGCUCGCUAAGAUCGAUCUGACGAAAGACAAAAUGUCUGCCUGGAUUGAGGCUCAGGGCAAAGGUAAAAAGGUCGAGAUGGAUGUAUACGGUUCACCAUCAGAGAAGUCUCUCCAGGAGUUGGAGAACGUGAGGAAGCUCAGCAAGGAGCUCCAAGAUAACAUACAGGAAUUGGAGAACACAGUGCGGCUAUCGGACGUCGAGAACCAGGCUAUGAAUCCGACAGCCCCAAUUCUUGAUUACUCAGAGGACCACGAGUUCGUGUCGGCGAACAAGCUGGACGAUUAUUACUCCCAGGAAGACAAGAACGAUGCCAAGGAGGCAGAGAAGCAUCGUCUCACUAAGGGUAUGGCGCAGCGAACGGAAAUACAAGAAUUUUAUAAAGAUCAGUGUGUGUUUUUGACCGGUGGGACUGGGUUUUUGGGGAAAGUUUUAAUCGAGAAACUUCUACGUUCUUGUAAAGAUAUUGACACUAUUUACGUUUUGGUGCGUCCGAAGAAGGGCAAGGAUCCGACGACGAGGAUUCACGAAAUGUUGGACGAAUUUGUGUUCGAGAGAGCACACAACGAGAAUCCGAAAGGUAUUCACAAGGUGGUCCCGGUAGUUGGGAAUAUGGAACUGCCUGAUCUGGGACUCAGUCUCGAAGACAGAAAGACGCUGACAUCCAGGGUGUCUAUAAUAAUAAACUCAGCGGCGACUGUGAAGUUUGACGAGAAGCUGUCCGUCGCCACCGGGAUCAACGUGAGCGGGACGAAGGAGAUACUGAGACUGGCAAAGGAGUGCCGGCACUUGAGGGCGGUCACUCACGUGUCCACGGCCUUCUCCAACACGCAAGUUAAGAAUAUAGAGGAGAGAUUCUACGAGCCGCCGAUGUCGGUGGAGGCGCUGGAAGCCGUCUCUCAGCUGGACGACAGCUUGGUAGAAUCCAUAUUGCCCGCUUUGUUGGGCGAUCGUCCAAACACUUAUUGUCUCACUAAGGCGGUCGCCGAGGAAGCCGUUAGGAAGUACGGAGAGGGACUUCCCAUAUGUAUAGUGCGGCCAUCUAUCGUCAUAUCAACAUACGAGGAACCCGUACGAGGCUGGACGGACAGCGUUUACGGACCAACUGGUCUGGUCGUUGGUAUUGGAACCGGGGUCCUUAGAACAAUGUACAUGGAUUUAAACAAAGUGGCUGACAUGGUGCCCGUGGAUCUUUGUGUCAAUGCUAUCAUAGUAUCCGCUUACCACACCGCCAAAAACUUCAAAGAAAAUCAAACGUCUAAUAUACCGAUAUAUAACUUCGUUUCCGGCGCCCAAAGUCCCGUCACGUGGCGACAGUUCAUAGAGUACAAUAUGAAAUAUGGUUUUCACAAUCCCACCACGAAGGCUGUGUGGUACUACGGACUGAAUCCAACGAAUAAUUACUACAUGUUCCUGUUCUACAACUUCUUCCUUCAUUAUCUCCCGGCGUUGCUACUAGACGUGUUUAGUUUUCUGACCGGCCAACGACGAAAAAUGCUCAAGUUCUAUUCCAAGGUCAUAAAGCUGGCUCACAUUCUGUUCUACUUCUCAACUCAAGAGUGGUGUUUUUCCGAUCACGGGGUCCGUUCCAUGUGGAGCUCUCUGUCUGAUAGAGACAGAGCCGUAUUCAAUUUCAACAUGGCGGAUAUGUCCUGGGAUUAUAUGGCGGAAACCUUCUUGUUGGGUUUAAGAGUGUAUUUAGUUAAGGAUGAUCUGUCCACGUUGCCUGAAGCCAGGAAGAGAUGGAACAGACUGUACUACAUGCAUCAACUUUUGAAGAUAACCACAUUUAGUGUGGUGCUAUACCUCGGAUACUUACUCCUAACGGGUCUAGCGAGCAUGAUCUUAGGAUAAUCUACUAUAAAUGAAAAUUUGAAAUUGUUUCUGUGAUUUUUUUACAUGUUCAACAAGAACUUUGUAAAUAUAAAUAGGUUAAAUUACUAUAUUUACGAAUAUAAUAUAUUUUUUAUGUCACAACAUUCAAUAUUUGUCCGUUUUUAUAAUGUAAAUAUUAAUUAGGGGUUUUUGUUAGGAUUUUAAUAAAACAUUACGCAUAAAA